AGGAUACAUCUGGACUCCGUCGGCGUUUCCUGGCUUUCCUGGGGACGAAGAUGCUGUCCUGCGGCGUGCUGGACGCCAAUGUGGUGGACGUGGAGAAAAGGAGGAACCCCUCCAAGCAUUAUGUGUAUAUCAUAAAAGUAACAUGGUCAGAUUCAACUUGCCAGACCAUCUACCGCAGAUACAGCAAGUUCUUUGAUCUCCAGAUGCAGCUCCUGGAUAAAUUUCCUAUUGAAGGAGGCCAGAAAGAUCCUAAGCAGAGAAUCAUCCCCUUUCUUCCAGGUAAAAUCCUAUUCAGGAGAAGUCAUAUUCGAGAUGUAGCUGUGAAAAGACUAAAACCUAUUGAUGAAUACUGCAGGGCAUUGGUGAAGCUUCCCCCUCACAUUUCCCAGUGUGAUGAAGUUUUCAGAUUCUUUGAGACCAGACCAGAGGACCUAAACCCCCCUAAAGAGGAUUAUGGCUCCUCAAAAAGGAAAUCAGUUUGGAUGUCCAGCUUGUCUGAUUCUCCAAAGAAGACUAUUGCAGGUGCUGACGCUAGCUCUGAACCCAUGAUCCUGGAGCAGUACGUGGUGGUGUCUAACUAUGAGAAACAGGAGAACUCUGAGAUUAGCCUGCAGGCUGGAGAGGUUGUGGAUGUAAUAGAGAAGAAUGAAAGUGGUUGGUGGUUUGUAAGCACAUCAGAAGAGCAAGGCUGGGUCCCUGCCACAUACCUGGAAUCCCAGAGUGGAAUUAGAGAUGAUUCUGAAAUUAACAUGUCCAAGGGAGGGGAAGUUUCUAAGAGACGCAAGGCUCACCUGAGGCGGCUGGACCGGCGAUGGACACUGGGAGGGAUGGUCAACAGGCAGCAGAGUCGAGAAGAAAAAUAUGUCACCAUCCAGUCAUAUACCAGCCAAGGGAAAGAUGAAAUUGGGUUUGAAAAGGGAGUCACUGUGGAGGUCAUUCAGAAGAACCUGGAAGGAUGGUGGUACAUAAGGUAUUUAGGCAAGGAGGGCUGGGCCCCAGCAUCAUAUCUGAAGAAAAUAAAAGAUGAUCUUUCAUCUAGAAAAAAGAACUUGACAGGACCAGUGGAAAUUAUAGGAAACAUCAUGGAAAUCAGCAACCUGCUAAACAAGAAAUCCUCAAGUGAUAAGGAAACACAGUCAGAAAUUGAAACUGCAGAAUCCCACAUUUCUAAGAAGGAAAUAAGCUUGCCCAUCUUAUGCAAUGAUUCCAAUGGCAAUGCCAUGAUGGCUCAAGACAAGCAAGUCUCAAAAUUGGCACAGGGAUCUCCUGCCAUAGCGCGGAUCGCGCCUCAAAGAGCUCAAAUAAGCUCUCCAAAUCUAAGAACAAGGCCUCCCCCAAGAAGAGAAUCUAGUUUGGGUUUCCAGCUACCUAAACCCCCUGAGCCACCAUCAGUGGAAGUUGAAUACUACACUAUUGCAGAGUUCCAGUCUUGUAUUUCUGAUGGGAUAAGCUUUCAUGGAGGACAAAAGGCAGAGGUUAUUGACAAGAACUCUGGUGGCUGGUGGUAUGUGCAGAUUGGGGAGAAAGAAGGCUGGGCUCCAGCAUCAUAUAUUGAUAAAAGGAAGAAGCCGAAUUUAAAUAGGCGAACUAGUACUUUAACUCGACCCAAAGUCCCUCCUCCAGCACCUCCUAAUAAGCUGAAGGACUCUGAAGAAGGAACAUCUGCUGGAACUGUCUCUUCUGGAGAGAGCCAGGAUUCCAUGAACAAGCAAAAAUAUGAGGAACCAGAAUAUGACGUGCCUGCCUUUGGUGUUGACUCAGAAUCUGAGCUGAGCCAGGGAGAAGAUGGAAGCCUGGAGAGAGGCAUGCACCAGCUACUUAAGCGUUCCCCUGUGUCAUCUCUCCAAAGGGUGAACUCAAGUGUUGGAGAAUCAUCUGAGGAUGUGGCUCAUGAAGAAGAGACUAUAUAUGAAAAUGAAGGAUUCAGACCAUACAUAGAAGAUGCUCUGUCAAGCAAAGAGUCCAGUGGUGAUUCUGAUUCUCAAAGAAGUUCAUCAGUAUCUUUGAUCCAAAAAAAUUCACAAUGUUCUGUUUCUCCCAAGUCCUCAGUUCUCAAGCCCAAAAAUGACAAGGGCAUUCAGCCAAACCUUGGGAAGCCUAACUACUCCAGGAAUGAGGAAACAAAGCCAAGAUCAGCCUCAGAUGCAGGUUUAAGUAGUGUGUCUAAACUGGGUCUAAAGAGGGAUCCUGGGGAGAGUGUAUCUAGCAGAGCAAAGCCAAUGGUGAGGCCUAAACCUUUCCUGAACAAAGCAGACUCUCAGAGUCAAGAAAGGAUGGACAUUAGCACUUUACGCCAUCAGCUAAGGCCCACUGGACAGCUCAGAGGUGGACUUAAGGGUUCAAGAAGUGAGGAAUCUGAAAGCCCACCACAUACAGCUUUUGGAAAUCCAGAAGAGUCCUUUAGAAGAAGCUCUGCAGAUCUCAUUACAGUUCCUCCCCAUACCAUAUUCUGCUCAAGCCAGUCAUCCAAAACAGAACAUGAAAACAACUCCUCAAAAUGUCUCUAUAUAACUACUGAGUCUUACCAGAAAGUUCAAGAUUCUGAGAUCAGCUUCACAGCAGGCAUUGUGGUGGAAGUAGUGGACAAGCAAGCAAGUGGAUGGUGGUACUUGAAGUAUGGAGACCUAGAAGGAUGGGCUCCUUCUCACUAUUUGUUGCCCUGUGAUAACCAGCAGAAAGAAACCACAUCCAACGAGACCAACAUUUCACUGGCCAAGAACAGAAGAAAUGAAAGCAAGUCCAACAGCUUGGAGAAGAUAGAGAAGAAGGUUCAGGCACUGAACACCAUCAACCAGAACAAGAGAGCAACACCUCCUAUUCCCAACAAACCUCCUGGUGGCUUCUCUAAAACAUCUGGACCUGUCAAAUUACGAAAUGGAGUUAGACAGCUAGCAGUGAGGCCACAAUCUGUAUUUGCCUCGCCCCCACCCAAGGACAGCAACCUGUCUUGUUCCUUGCGUAGAAAUGAAUCUCUCACUGCCACGGACCACCUGAGGGCAGUACGCCGCAACUCCUCUUUCAGCACUGCCCAGUCACAGAUUAGUGAUUCUAAGAUAAAACAAGCUGAUCAAUUGGGCUCAGAGGCAUCUGAGACCACCUCAUACCUACCUACUGAGCGAAAUGGAAUCCCAGUGUCCACAGUCAGGCCAAAACCCAUUGAAAAAUCCCAGUUCAUUCACAAUAAUUUAAAGGAUAUCUACAUCUCCAUUGCAGAUUAUGAGGGUGAUGAAGAAACUGCAGGAUUUCAGGAAGGUGUCUGCAUGGAGGUAUUGGAAAGGAACCCAAAUGGCUGGUGGUACUGUCAGAUUAUGGAUGGCGGGAAACCUUUUAAAGGAUGGGUGCCCUCAAAUUAUUUAGAGAAGAAGAAUUAGAAUUGCAAUGUCUUUAAAUUCCCUAAUUUAUACUUUUAUACUAUGUACUUAUGGAAGCAAGGAAAGAUACAGUUAUGUAUUUCCUCUUGCUUUGUCAUGUAUACAAGGGACAUUUAAACUGUACUUUGCAUGGAACCGCCAGCUGGCCAUGUUUUGAGGGUGUGUGAUGCAUGAAGGGUUGGCUGCUUCAGCAAAUAUCAAGAAAAAAACAGCUGGAACAAAUGCCUUUUUUGAGAGGUGAAGUCUUUCACAAACCAUGUGCAACAGGGUACAUUAUCCCACCAUCCCGUUGUAAUAAUAGGAAACCAAUUGUGUGCCUUUCUCAGUAUAUUUUGAACUUAGGUGCCCACUAGGGAAUGUUAGGGAA